CUGUGGUGGUUAUCUGGCGCUGUCCUUAGCCCCGCUGCCGCUCGGAGGACACGGUCGCAGCCGAGAAGAGCCGCUGGGGGUUUGGUGUGAGUGUGUGUGUGUGUGGAAUAACUGCAGACAUGACUGCGUGGAGGAAAUUCAAGUCUCUGCUGGUUUUCUGCGCGGGGCUCCUCACUGCAGCUCAGGGUCAAAACUGUGGAGGUUUAGUACAAGGACCAAAUGGUACUAUAGAAAGCCCCGGAUUUCCUCAUGGUUAUCCGAAUUAUGCCAACUGCACAUGGAUCAUUAUAACAGGAGAACGUAACAGGAUACAAUUGUCAUUUCUUACUUUUGCCCUUGAGGAAGAUUUUGAUAUUUUGUCAAUUUACGAUGGACAGCCACAGCAAGGCAAUUUAAAAGUGAGGUUAUCUGGAUUUCAGCUUCCAUCGUCUAUUGUGAGCACAGGCUCUAUCCUCACCCUCUGUUUCACCACAGACUUUGCUGUCAGUGCUCAAGGGUUCAAAGCUAUCUAUGAAGGAAUGUACAUAAGCUAGUCUAGAUGGGCAGAUGAAAUCAAGAAGAAAGUUCAGGCUGACAGCAACUGAUCAUGGUCAGAUGGAACUUGUAUAUACAACAACUUUGCAAACAACUGGCUGAACUGGAAACUUUGAUUUAAUUAACGGUUUGUGUCCGUGUUUAUAAAGGGUAGGUCACCCACUCAAGGAAAAGAAACAAACUAAUGCAACUUAAAUUUAAGUAGUAUAUUGUUGUUAGCAAAUAGACUGUACGUAGCCUUUGAAUAAUUUAAGAAAAGCUCAAGCACAUUUGUAAUUAGUAUUCAUUCAGCCACUCUGAAUGAAAGCUUGGAAUAAUUAAAAAAUAUAUGUUUUGUAGACAACUUGGAAUGAAAAUAAUAUGUUCUGUAUGACGAGAUAAACUACA